CAUUCUACCCCAACUUUACAAAUUGUCCAUCGUCAUCAAAAUCGAAGUUUUGAUAAUUUGAGUUGCGAAAUAACAUCUUAUCGACUUUUAUAUCAAUAAUUAAAGUUAAAUUUUAAAAGUUAAUAUUAAGUUUUGUCAAAAUGGUUUUAAUUUCUGCUGCCGUUUGCACUAAAUCGGGGAAAACUAUUGUCUCACGACAAUUUGUGGAGAUGACGAAAGCAAGAAUCGAGGGACUUCUUGCUGCUUUUCCAAAACUUAUGACAUCCGGAAAGCAACACACAUUCGUUGAAACUGAUUCAGUUCGAUAUGUUUACCAACCAAUGGAAAAACUUUACAUGUUAUUGAUAACAACAAAAGCAAGUAACAUCUUAGAAGAUCUUGAAACACUUCGGUUAUUUUCAAAAGUUAUUCCUGAAUAUUGUCGAACAUUAGACGAAAAAGACAUCGUUGACAAUGCUUUUAAUCUUAUCUUUGCUUUCGAUGAGAUUGUUGCUCUUGGUUAUCGUGAAAGUGUAAAUUUGGCUCAAAUCAAAACUUUUGUUGAGAUGGAUUCUCAUGAAGAAAAAGUUUUCCAAGCCGUUCGAGAAACGCAAGAGAAAGAAGCGAAACAAAAAAUGAGAGAAAAAGCAAAAGAACUUCAACGUCAACGGAUGGAAUCUCAAAAGAAAGGAAUACCAAUGGGAAGAAACUUCGGAAGUAGUGGUGAUAGUUUUGGAGUGUCAGCUUCAAACAUGUCAUCGUCAUCUCCACUAAUUGGCAUUGGAGAAAUUACGAAACCAACUCCAACUGUUCCAAAAGCGAGUGCUCCUAAAAACGCACUAAAAUUAGGUGGAAAAUCUCGUGAUGUUGAUACGUUUGUUGAUCAACUGAAGAGUGAAGGAGAAAAAGUUACAAACUUAACUCCGACGACAACAUCGUCGUCUGCACCAUCACGUCCUAAAACCGACGUCAUAACUGAUGACAUUCAUUUGAGAGUCGAAGACAAGUUGACAACAAGAAUUGGUCGAGAUGGUGGCGUGCAAACAUUUGAACUAUCAGGCUUACUGACACUUCGCGUUGCUGACGAUAAAUUUGGCCGAAUCAAAAUAUUUUUGGAUAACAAUGAUCAGCGUGGAAUUCAACUUCAGACUCAUCCAAACAUCGACAAAGAAUUAUUCCGAAAUAAGAGUCAAAUUGGUUUGAAGAAUCCGACCAAGCCAUUCCCAUUAAAUACUGAUGUUGGUGUACUGAAAUGGCGUUACACGACUCAAGAUGAAAGUGCAAUUCCUUUAACAAUUAAUUGUUGGCCAUCGGAAAAUGGUGAAGGUGGAUGCGAUGUAAACAUUGAAUACAUGUUAGAAAAUACAAAGCUUGAAUUACAAGAUGUAACCAUAACAAUUCCCUUGCCAAUGGGAGUCACACCAUCAAUCACUGAAUGUGAUGGCGACUACGAACAUGACUCAAGAAAGCAUCAACUGCAUUGGAAUCUUCCAGUUGUUGAUGCCACCAAUAAAGAAGGCGCCAUGGAGUUUUCUGUUCCUUCAUCCAUUCCUGGCGACUUCUUCCCUGUUGAUGUGUCAUUUACUUCGAAGACACUUUACGCUGAUUUAAAACCAUCGCAGAUAACGCUUGUUGACGAUGAAAGCACGCCACUCAAGUAUUCCAUCGAAACGAUGAUGUAUCCAGAAAAAUACGAAAUCGUUUAAUUAGAUAUUUCCUAUUCACGAUUUAUGUUUCUUUUUUUAAUCAAAGUUAUCAAAAGUACUUUCGAUUCCUACAUUUAUUUUCUCACAUGUAAUAAGAAAAUUUAUCAACUUAGUUUUUAAAACAAUAAAAAGGAAGAAAUUGAUGAAGUCGUAAAAUUUUUAACGGUAAUUUAACUGAUUU